AUGGCUUUGCUCCCAGAUUUUCCACUGUUUAAUGUACACGAGGACUCUAAUGCUGGCUCAAGAUGGAAAAAGUGGCUCACGAGAUUCGAACGGCUACUUUGCGGACUUAACAUCACAGCUGAUAAAAGAAAAACAGCUUUGCUCUUGCACUACGCUGGCUCUGAUGUCGAUGAUAUCUACGAUACUCUGCCGACUAGCAGCAACGAAGACUACAAAACCGUAGUGGAAAAGCUCAACCAGUACUUCUCACCUAAACUAAUGUGGCUUUCGAAGUUUUUAACUUCUGCCAAGCGAAACAGAAACCCGACGAGUCCCUUGAUUCUUAUCAUACUCGAUUACGCCAUCUUUCUCAAACGUGCGAAUUUAGCGACCCCGCUAAAGAGAUCAAAGACCAUAUUAUUUUGA